UCUAAAAUUUAAGAAUUGCUAAUCGUGUUGCAAUAAAACAAACACAUAAUUAUGACAUUAUACUUGUGGGAAGUUGUUUUAGUUAAGUAGUGAUGCUGUAUCUGUAUGUGAGAAGAACAGCUUUGUAUCUUUAAACUUGCUAUGCUUUGUACACAGAGCGAACACAGUGUAUGCUGAGGACCCUUGACUGUAAUCACCUCAGUCAGAAAAACAAGUCAUGUGAUGCCAGAUGAUAUACCGGCAACUGAUCACUGGAUUAAAGUCGCAAAUAUACAGGAAUUGUAAUAUAAGACAAAUAUGGCAAGGAUAGUUUACAGGCAAGUUUGUGAAUAUAUGAGAUGUCGUGAAUAUUGCUGCAGAGGAGAGAUGCUCAAACAUUAUGGCAUUGAAAGAGGAGAUUAUUGCUGCUCAAAAUCUGAAUAUGAAUUGCAUGAAGCUCAUAAAAAUUUAUUGGAUGUUGCCAACUUUCCCCUUGCUCACAUACCGAGUAACUUCAGCAUGCCAACGCAAGUUGAACAACAAACUACAACAAAUAAUGAUGAAAGUUAUAAAACUUCACCAAUUCAGACAAACUCAUCAGGGGCAUUGGGUUGGCACCACUACAGCAUUGCAAGUAGUGUAACUGCCAGCAUACUUCUUAUGCUGGUAUUACUUGUGCUUCUGUAUAUGUUUGUAAGAUGGAGGAAAGCAAAUAGAAGGAAUGAACGCACAAGUGGGAUUGUGGUUCAUCACACAGUGCAUCAUGAUACAGGUGGUCAGAAUGUGUAUCAGAACAUGGACAAUGUCAGAAUGCAGGCAGUUCAGGGAGCAACUGGAACCAGCAAUUCAAUUCCAUUCUCAAACCUGACGCAUGUGAAUGAAAAGCAACAAAGUGAUAUUCAAGUAACAACCUCACACUCUCAACAAUUUGAACCACCAGUUCAACUUCCAACAUACGAAGAAUUAUUCACUAACGAAGAACUCGAUUCAAACAGUGGAGAUAACAAACCUCUUGAAAAAUAAAUUGACAGCAGAAACAUACCUCUUUAGCUUGACAAAGUUUUGACAUUAUUUUACAAUAAUUCAACUUAUCAAACAAACAGUAUACAAAUAUCACGCACAACUCUAAAAUACUCUUUCAUUAAUUUUUUUUAAAAACAGAAAAAUUAUUCAAACCGUUAACACUGACAAAAAAGUCAAAAAAUGUAAUAAAUCUCCUUGUUCAAAUCUACAAACCUGGAUUCUGGUGGUGGAACUUGGUCUGCAUCUCCUUUCAACCAAUCAUUGACAAUAUAAUGAUAAAACUGUUUGGACCACAGUAGUCCAGCACAAGCCUGACGCAGAAUGUUCAUGCAUUCACCUUUUACUUGUGGAAAUUUACUCUGAAUGAACAAUGUAUUAAUAAAACGUACAUGAUAUUAA